CGCCGGUCCGGUGGUAAAUUAUCCAUAAAUGGUAUGUUACCCCGGUUUCGGUCAGACAGGGCUUGGCUCCAGUCACCCAGUGCAUCGCAACUCAAGAAUAACAACACUUGCUGGCGUCAACUAGUGCUGCGGGCUUCAUCACCAUGUCCUCCACCACGGUAGCAUCAUCCUCUGCGUCGUCUGCGUCGUCUAUGGCGUCCUCCGCCACUGCUUCUGGCUCAAGCACUACCUUUCAAUUACCCUCAAGCCUUAAAGUCGUCGGAAUAGUACUCGCAGUAACGAGUGGCUUACUGAUUGGCUCUAGUUUCGUCUUCAAAAAAAAGGGCUUAUUGCGCUCGCAGGCCGGGCAUGCAGCAGGCGAAGGAGUCGCGUACCUCAAAUCUCCAUUAUGGUGGAUAGGCAUGACAAUGAUGAUAUGUGGAGAGUUGUGUAAUUUUGUUGCAUAUGCGUUUGUUGAAGCACUUGUUGUGACUCCUAUGGGCGCACUAUCUGUUGUAAUAUGUGCCAUCCUAUCUUCCAUAUUUCUCAACGAGAAACUCACCUUUUUCGGAUGGAUGGGUUGUGCCCUCUGUAUUAUUGGUUCCACCAUCAUUGCCCUCAACGGCCCACAAGAGCAAACACCUGGUCAGAUAAAUGAUUUCAAGAAACUCUUCUUGGCACCUGGUUUCCUCGCUUACAUAUCUGCCCUAAUUACCAUUGCCCUCUCGAUUAUCUUUUACUUCGGACCCAAAUAUGGCAAGAGCAACAUGCUCUGGUAUAUAUCUGUGUGCAGCACUAUCGGCGGCAUAAGUGUGAGUGUCACGACCGGGCUCGGUGCAGCCAUAGUCACCUCCAUUAUGGGAGUCAAUCAGUUCAAAAAUUGGUUUAUAUACUUUUUACUGGCUUUUGUGGUAAUGACACUACUAACGGAAAUCUUCUACCUGAAUAAAUCACUUGCGCUAUUCAAUACUGCUAUGGUAACACCUACGUACUACGUUUUAUUUUCAUUUUGUUCAAUGGUCACAACCAUCGUCCUCUUCCAAGGGCUCAGCUCCUCUGUCUCACAAAUUCUCACCCUUGUCCUGGCCUUCCUCACAAUAUGCGUCGGCAUCACAAUCCUCCAAAUGUCCAAGAUUGAUCCUACGCAGCUGAAACUUGAUCGACGGUCCACCAUGCUCCUUCAAGCCUCUCGCGCAACCACGGAAGACGCCGAGGAGAAAGGUAUUGCCGGUGUGGAAAACCCCGGCAUCGAAGCGUUGCGUGGCACGUUCGGCACCAUGAGCAGCAUCAUCCGCGCCCGCUCAGCACGGAGGAUGAGCCAAUCAAGCAGGCACGCGAGCUCCUCUCUUCGGGCGCAUCCAGAUGGUCUACCUUCCACGCAUGCAAACAACGCAUAUGAUGGGUUGACACGUCAUCAGCUAUAUGAUGCCCCUGUGCCGCGGCUGUCCGAGACAGAUCGCGCGUCGUCAUUUUCGUCUGGAUCAACCCCACAUAGCCCGCGGAGAACAGCCAUUAAAUUCGGAUCGCAAGAUCUCGUGCAUUCGUACCGCCUGCCAGGUAGUGGAGAUGCGGAUGCCACGCAUGAACACAGGAACGCUGUGCACUCCCCACCGCCAAUACAUACAAACUCGUCAUUCCACUAUCCUCCUCCACCAGUCACUUCGUCGCCGCUUGGUAUUUCGCAGUCGCUAGUUGUACCACCGCGUGCAAAUGAUGAGCCACUAACACCCACUGCGUCAACAGCGUACCACAAUCCAAUCAAGAGUGAUCCAUUCGAAACCCCGAUAACUCCCGCAAUGUCCGCAUUCCCCCCGUCGUCUGAUAUGUUACUUACUAACUCUCCGCGAAGCUACCGAGGCCAGGAGCAUGCGCGCCCCACAGAACGCACACGACGUAGCUCUGCAACGGGACAGCGGCGGUACCCGAGAGGUGUAGGUGACGAAGAUGAGAGAAUAAGCUUAUGGGAGCGGGACUCGCAUGCGCAGGAGAUGUCCUCGGAAGAAGACGAGGAAGAGGAUUCAUCUCCGGUCCAGGGAAUCAGGCUGGUGAAACCUAGUUCUAAGACAUGGCUUUGAUGAGAUGUAUGGUCAAAAAUGGACUCGGACUGCUUGCUAUUAGACAGCUUGGACUGAUUGAAUUGUUGCAUCUACUUGCAUGUAAUUUCCUGUGUGCCUCGAGCUUCAGAAUGCCGGAUGGACGCAUAUGAAGUGAGAUGAACUACAUAGCGACACAUUGAUUGCGAACCUCUAGAGUAAGCUUUGCCAGCGAGGAACUUUCAAAAGGACAUUCAUUGUGAAGGCCGCUUUAUCCUCUAUGGCCGUGGAUGUAACUUUCGUAUUCUACUAUCUAUUUUUAUUCAUGAAUCAUACACAUGUCACAGAAAGUCACGAAC